CGCAGAGCACAGGGACGUCCUGGUGGUCCUGCCCACAGGGGAGCGGCUGCGGCUGGUCGUGGGGGUGCAGGCCACCGGGCGUGAGGUCUUCCAGCAGGUGUGUGACCUGAAGAGUAUCAGAGAAGCCCACUUCUUUGGCCUCAGCGUGGUCAGAAAUAAUGAGUACAUGUUCGUGGACCUGGAGCAGAAGCUCAGCAAGUUCUUCUCAAAGGACUGGAAGAGAGAAAUGUGUAAAGUAAGUUAGACCACCAGGUGGGCGCUGCCCCAGACUCCCUCAAGUGUCCACGCAUCUGGGUCGGGCGCGGGUACCAGGGUGCUCCCUGCACAGAGGAACGUCCGCUGCCUGCGGCCCAGCUGGCGCACGGCUGCCUCUGGAGUCAGCGUCAGUGCGGGUCUAGGUGAAGGCUCAGGGACGCCACAGACGCCCCACUGGGUUGCCCUUUUAGGGAUGUAAGAUCGAACCGUGACCUGCCCCCAGCUGAGACCUGAGCUUGGGCAGCUUAGAGCCUCCGGGUGCCUGCCCACAGGGGCGGCGCCAGCUGCGCCCAGCUGGGCCACUUGCACUGCCUUCCUCCUCUUUCUACCCCUACCCACAGGGACACUGGAGGCCCGGUGCACCCUUUGUGACCUUCCUCCGGGUGCAGUACUACGUGGAAAACGGGAGGCUCAUAAGGGACAGGACGGCCAGGCACCUGUACUACUGCCACCUGCGGGAGCGGGUGCUGCGGUCCGAGUGCGCCCACCGGGAGGAGGCGUACUUCCUGCUGGCUGCCUACGGGCUGCAGGCCGACCUGGGCAACCACCGGGAGCCAGUCCACGUCGGGAGAUCAUCGCCAAGAGGGGCAGCGCCUACAUCCUCAGGCAUGCUCCCAGCAUGCACCGCGAGCAGCGGGGCCUAAACCCCAAGGAGGCUGUGCUACACUUCAUCAGGGAGGCCUGCCGGCUGGAGGAUGUCCCUGUCCACUUCUUCAGGCUGUACAAGGAUAAGAAGGAAGACAGACCGACCAUCAUCCUGGGGCUGACCCUCAAAGGAGUGCACGUCUAUCAGGAGGAGAGCCGCGCUGCCCAGCUGCUCUACGACUUUCCCUGGCCCCGCGUAGGGAAGCUGGCGUUUCUGGGAAAGAAGUUUGAGAUCCAACUGGACGGACUGCCCUCCGCCAGGAAGCUGGUGUAUUACACGCGCUGCGCCUCCCGCUCCCGCCACCUCCUGCGGCUGCUCAGCGCCAGCCACCAGCUCCACCUGGCCCUGCAGCCCGCCCUGCAGCACCUGCAGCAGCUGGAGGAGGCCGAAGAGAAGAGGCAUUACCAGGAGUCCUACAUCAGCCAUGCAUGCGACAUGGGCCCACCUGGUAGCAGGGACAGCGCCGUCCACGUGGCCCACAGCCAUGGCAGUUUGCUCCCACCAGACGCUGAAGCUGACUCCUGGCCGGUGGGGCCCAGGGAGAUGUCAGUGGAUGAGCCCCUGGGGGCCGAGGUGCUCUCCGAGGAGGAGCCGCCCUGCAGCAGUGGUGGGCCGGAGGGGGCUGCUGGGGCCCAGGAGCAAGGUCCCAGAGGCGGAGAGGGAAUCCGGGCAGAGCGCCCAGCUCAGCCGCAGCCUGGGCGAUGUGCACCCCUUCAGCUGUACAACAUGCCAGGCGCCCACCCCACGCUCCAGGAGGUCCACAGACUGCCUUACCCUGAGCCCACCGGGGGAGCCCCAGGCCCCAGAGGUCGUGGUGUAGACGCCUCACGGGGUUUCGUGCAUGCAGCAAGGCUCCAUCCGCGUGAGCAGCUCUGUCCGUCUGUCCUUGUGGUGCAGCCCCAGCCACACCACGUGGCUCUGCAGAUCAGUCCCGCAGUGCGGCUCUGUCCUGGGGCCCUUGCCCGUUUCUGCCCACCCAGCCUCCCGGUGAGUGGGGAUGAGCAGGACUGGCCCCCGGGGGCCCGUGGAAUCUGGGCGGAAGGCAUCUCAGCUGCUUCCAGACGUUGGGGAGACCCCUGGGGUUCCCUCUGCUACCGACUCCCUGAGGAUGACCAGACCAACCACAGAAGCCGUCAGGGAGUCCUUGAGCUCAAGGUCACGGCCUUUAUCACUUCACCAGCCUUCCUCUGGGCCACACUCUUAAUGCCCGCUGCUCACAGCCUCAGUUCUGCCACCCAGGCCUGGCCAGUGGAUGCCCCUGGGCCACCAUCCGAGGAAAGCCGACACCGUAGGAGGCACCGGGCCUGGGGUGGCACAGCCACGUGGGCGCCAGGUCCCCGCAGAGCUCAUAAAACCCAGAAGCUGAAAGUCAGAGGCAGGCAGGCUAACGGGUGAAGCCAUGGUCUGUUCUGAAUGGACCGCGCUCCCUGCCACAAGGAAGCCCCAAGACGCAGGAGGGAGAGUCCCUGCCUUCCUUCCUAUCACAAGCCAAGCUUUGGAAUCACCCAGUGCCGUGUCCUGUGUCCCGCCGCCUCCUGCAAACAUCCUUCCAGUCCAAAGGGCAUCAGGGCAGGUGGGAACAAUGACUGGUCAUUAGCUGGGGGCAGGGGAGGUGGUCAAUGCUUGUGACCCUUCUGGUAUCACUGGCACCAGGCCCCCACUGGUGUAGGAAGGUGAGAUGGGGGGUGGGGGCAGAGAAAGGCCAGCAUGGAGCAGCUCUCUAUGCACCGCACCCUCUCCUGCACGUACAGGGAAAGGCUCUUGUGAGCUGUGACCGCGCCUCUAGCCAAGGCCUCGCACCUGCCUUCACAGCCCAGUGGGGCUGGUGGUCUCUGCAAACAGUGACCCUACAAGUGUGUUUUUGUUUUGGAAGACGGCUGACCUUCCCUUGGACCAUACAUACUGUCAGUGCCUGAAGAGGCUAAUGAGCAGCUCAGUGUGAUGGGCACUCGGCUGGACCCCAGCCUGGACGGCCCCCUGGAGCCCAAACUCUGGACCAUUUCCUUACGGAUGAUGAGGGGUAGGGGGCUCCUGACUUGUGAGAGUGCUUCCAGGGCAGGCAGCAUGUGACAGCAGAUGGGCAGGUGCCCCAGCGGGCCCAGUGUCCUGUGGGGCGGUCCUGAGCGGUCGGGGGCACCAUGGACAUCUGCAGGCUGGGAGGCCCUAGUUACUGGCUGUGCUUUUCCUACAAUGCCAGGGUCCUGCCUGCAGUGGCCCUCCUCAAAGCCCGCUGCCACCUGGACCUGCAGUGCCACGCCGGGCCCAGCUGGGGGAGGACACAGUGGUGUGACCCCUGGUGCCACAUGUCACCUACCUCCUGGCCCCAGGUGCCCCGCAGCCUCUCAGGACUGAGAGGGGCCCAUCUGGAGCAGGAGGGGUGUGAUGGGCAUGACCACCUUCCAAGCCUGGGCCCUGAGGGCCCGAGGUGUGGUGCGGGGUGGCCCGUGGGUCCCUCUGGCUCCUGCAUAGGACCUGCAGGCACAGCCCCGCCGGCUCCUUAUCGAGACAGACUGAACACAGGUUGCCGCCUGUUCGUCCCAAGUGCUCAGGGGCCACUGUGAGCCCCUCCCCACCCAGCCCUGUGCCCACGGCAUCAUCACCCUGUGAGUUCUGCUCAGGCUGGGCCAUUCCACAUCAGCCUCAUUUUGGAGAUGGAGGGCAGAGCAUGAGCCAGGGGUGUGUGUGUGCAGCAAGGAUCCUUUCUGUGAAAGGAAAUGCUGUGUGCGUACACAUGGAGCACAUAUAAUAAAGAACCAAACCUAAGCACGCCUGUGGCUCGAGCUUGGUCGCCUCCACCAGGUGGGCUGGGCUGGGCGGUGCGGCCUCGCUGCUGGCCGGCUCACCCAGGGAGUGUACGCUGCCCACUGAGGGCGUCACCCUGUGAGCCACCACCCUGACCCAGUGCUGCAUGGACAGAAGGACUGGGAGGGAGGACCCCCAUGCCCGUGGAGCUCAUAGUUAUCUCAUCGCUCCUGAAGUGUGGCAAGAAACCCCCUUCCUCUGUGCUC